GAUUGUUUAACGUAACCGCCGACCGCCAGUUUGUUGGACUACGGGUCAUGCCUAUGUUUGUAUUUUUUUUUUUCGGUUACCCAAAACGAUAUUUUGUUCGGUUAAUCGGGCUGUACUACUUGCAAUACCUAUAUGAAGACUGCGAUAAAUCGAAAAUAUUAAUUAUAUUAUUUUUGCAUUUUCUGUUGGUGUUUCGUCGUAGAACUCCAUUCAAGAGUCCGAAGAGAAUCUAUACAAGAGGAGAACAUACACCAUCUAAGUCAUCAACGCUAAAACUGCGCUGGUAUAAUGUGGACUAUGUGUUUCGUAGCCAUUGCGUGCGCUUUACUGUCAAUGCAGGGCGCGGACUCCAACGUCGGGCUGACGAGCACCUCGUUCAGCAACGAGCUACGCACUGGUUUUGCCAGGCUGUUCCAGAACGGUGUCGAACAACCACUGCAGCAGUCGCCAUUCGUAUUUCUCAAUCCCACCGAUUUCCAGUCUGGCACAGACCGGCUGAUCCAGCGACCUCCACCGUUCAGCCCACUGGCGGCCACGGGAUUCAAGCCGUCGCGCCCUAGGUACGAGUUGCAGUAUCUGUCGUGGGUGAUUCCUUAUUAUUAUGUCCCUACUAGGUUCCCGUCGUCGCCGAGGGGUGGUGGUGGCAAGCGACCUAACGACGUGCUGGUGAUCGUCGUCAAAACCAGAUCGAAUUGCACCGCCAACGAGACGAUGGCCGAGGGAGAUGACGAAGACGUUGAAAACGAAGGACCGAACCCGGACGACGAAGUCGAAGAAGUGGACAUCGUCACCGGCGGCACGGAAAAGGGCAAGGAACCGUCCCGGUGCGUGUGGGCCAUUCUGUCGUGCUGCGCCCCGGCCAACACGCCCAUCCGGUACACGUGUUUCGACGUGUUGGGCUGCAGCACGGCGUUCUGGGACUCCAACCCGUGCGUGCCGGCCAUCAUAAAGGCCGCUUUGGACCAGGCCACCGAGUACUACGGUACGGUCGCGUCCACCAACCGCACCGCCGCCACGCCGCCGAUGCCCACGCCGCCGGCCGGCUCGGUGGCGGCGUCCACCGACAACCUGGCCUCCCUGAUGUUCGGCGCGUCCACCGCUCCGGCCGCGGCGGCCGCUUCGCCGGUGGACCUGACCACGCCGGCAGCCGCCGCCGCCGACGCCGCCGCCACCACUACCGUCGCUUAGUCGUCGCCGCUGCCGCUUCCGCGCUUCGCCGUUCGUCCGACAACAAUCCACAAUCGCCGCGGACGACGACCUUGAAAACAGUGUAAAAAUCCUUUUGAGGCCGUCCUCCCGUGUACGGGACAGGAGACCGGAGAACAGAAGCCGACGGCAACUAUACUCGCCCCGCCCUCGAUCAGCAAUUCGACACGAUAAUUAAAUACCUAUGAUUAAACAUUAAACUUAAGACUAUCUGUUUAGUGAGAUCUGUCGUGCACUUUAAAUUUUCACUGUACAAAACGUAAAAGUCUUCAGUCACCGAUAAAAUUAAUAUAUAUAUAUAUAUAUACAUCCGGUGCCGGAUCUAUGUAGGAGGACGUUAUUGACGACCGCGUCGGGUAAAAAAAUCGUUUUCCCCAUUUUAUUGACGUCAAUAUUAUUGUCUUUUUUUGCGGGUAAUUUCGGUGUUUCUGUUUUAUUAUUAUUAUUAUUAUUAUUUUAUUUUUAUUUUAUCUUUGGUUUCCAUAAAAACUCGACGUAGAUACUUCAUUGAGCACGCAAACGGAUUUAAUCGUAAUUUAAAAUACGAACACAAACUGAAUUUAUAAGUUUUUACGGUAUUUAAUAUAUAAAAUAAAAAAAAAGCAAAACAAAACAAUAAUGCGCGUACGAAAAUAUUUAAAAAACUUUUUCGUUUGACUUCGACUGCUUUGUUGCGAAAUCGUUUUUAGCAUCAUCACCGUUGAUUCUUUGUACACUUACAAUACUUUUAUACACAACGUUUUGUUCUCUUGUGUAAAACGAUCGUCUUUAAAACUUAAUACGUAGUAGGUACAACAUUAACACAACUGAACUGUAACUAAAUCGUGAACGACCAAUAUUAUUCUAUUUUUUAUUACUCUUGUGGUUUAUUUAUUUAUUUAAUUAAAUUCAUGACAUUCUUUCAUUUUUUGACUUCGAACCCUGUACGAAAGAUGUCUAAGAUGAGAAAUCCUGUCCCCCCCUCCGUAGAUCCGGCACUAUUUUUAUCAAACGCUAUAGCAUUGUAUGUAAUAUAAUUAAAUAUUAUGUCAUUUUCACUAGUUUUUUAUGGAUACAUUUCGUUCUCAAAUGUAAUAUUGAUUAUUUUUCAUUAACUAUAAUAAAAUACAAUAUACUAUUUUU